ACUCACGUCUCUGCUUGGCUUUGACUCGAGCGCCCGGCGCCAACCACAACUCCACACUAGAAGUACACAUGACAUCUUGCUAGCUUAGCUCAACCUGAGCUGGAGUAGUUCUGAUAAGGUGUCGUUUUGGAAUUAUACGAAUCAUGUUUGUGGCACGCAGCAUCGCAGCAGAUCACAAAGACUUAAUCCACGAUGUAUCAUAUGAUUUCCACGGUCGCAGAAUGGCUACUUGCUCAAGUGACCAAAGUGUGAAGGUUUGGGACAAAAGUGAGAACGGAGAGUGGCACUGCACAGCUAGUUGGAAGACACACAGUGGGUCGGUGUGGCGGGUGACCUGGGCUCAUCCAGAGUUUGGGCAGGUGCUGGCGUCCUGCUCCUUUGACCGAACGGCUGCUGUGUGGGAAGAGAUUGUUGGGGAGUCUAAUGACAAACAGAGAGGACAGAGUCAUUGGAUCAAGCGGACCACUCUGGUUGACAGCAGGACAUCGGUGACGGACGUUAAGUUUGCCCCCAAACACAUGGGUCUGAUGCUGACCACCUGCUCCGCCGACGGCGUGGUGCGGAUCUACGAGGCUCCUGACGUGAUGAACCUCAGCCAGUGGUCCCUGCAGCAUGAGAUUUCCUGCAAGCUCAGCUGUAGCUGUAUCUCCUGGAACCCCUCCAGCUCCCGUGCUCACCCCCCAAUGAUUGCGGUGGGCAGUGACGACAGCAAUGUGACGUAUGGCGGCAAGGUCCAGAUCUACGAGUACAAUGAGAACACAAGGAAAUAUGCUAAAGCGGAGACGUUGAUGACCGUGACAGAUGCUGUGCAUGACAUUGCGUUCGCCCCAAACCUGGGAAGGUCUUUCCACGUGCUCGCCAUCGCAACCAAGGAUGUCAGAAUUUUCAAGCUGGUACCUUUAAGAAAAGAGAGCACCUCAUCGGGACCAACCAAGUUUGAGUUGCUGAUCAUGGCCCAGUUUGACAACCAUAACUCCCAGGUGUGGCGCGUGAGCUGGAACAUCACCAGCACUCUGCUGGCCUCUUCUGGAGACGACGGAUGCGUGCGUCUCUGGAAAGCCAACUACAUGGACAACUGGAAGUGCACAGGCAUCCUGAAGGGAGACGGCAGCCCUCUGACAGGGACCUCGGGCCAGCCCACCGCCAUGAGCACUGUGGUGGGCUCCAGCGUGCAGGCGUCACAGAGCAUCCUGAACGGGACCACGGCGGGCAGGUAUUUCUUUCCCCCGCUGGAAACGCCCAGGGCUGGUUCCAGGUCCGGCCACCUGCUGCCGCCCUCCUCCCUCAUAGAGCACUGUGAUGCUGAGCCCGCUCAGCCUCAGCAGCAAGCCUCACUCCGCAGACUGUACUCCAAAGCUCUUCUGUCUUUACCCGAAGCAGAAGCCCAAUGAAUAACGAGGGCUCCUCUAUAUUUCCACUCCAGCUGCUGCCUCUUUUCAGGGGGUCUGUGUUGAAGAAUACAUAUCUUUCGUAAACAAAAGUAAUUUUCUUUUUGGAAAUUCAAUUUAACCCUAAUCUGACCCUUGGACAAUCCUUUUUUUGUAGAAAUAUGCUUUUUCGUAUUCCAAAUUGGUGCAUGUAUAAAGCCCCUUUAAACUAAUAUACAUAUAUCCUCCUGAUCAAACUAUCCAAAUAAUUAUAUU